ACCACGCCCCUUGCUCAUCCUCGCGCUUGCUGAUGUCCGAGGAAGUUUGGCCCGCGGGCGGAUCCGUAGCCGUAGUCCCCUCAGGCGUCCGCAGCCAGGAAGCCGGGAAGCCUGGAGUCCAGGAUACGGCGCGGAGGUCCAGGAUGUCGGAGGAGCAAACCGGGCAGAGCGAAGGCUCCUCUCAGGCUGGUGGAGUGACUGUCAGCGACAUCCAGGAGCUGAUACGGCGCAAGGAGGAGAUCGAGGCGCAGAUCAAAGCCAAUUAUGAAGUGCUGGAGAGCCAAAAAGGCGUUGGCAUGAGUGAGCCGCUGGUGGACUGCGAGGGGUACCCCCGCUCAGAUGUGGACCUGUACCAAGUCCGGACCGCAAGGCACAACAUCGUCUGCCUGCAGAACGAUCACAAGGCGGUCAUGAAGCAGGUGGAGGAAGCCCUGCACCAGCUGCAUGCUCGGGACAAGGAGAAGCAGGCCCGGGACAUGGCUGAGGCCCACAAAGAGGCCAUGAGCCGCAACCUGGACCAGAGCGAGGGCCUCAGCCCCCCUCAGGCCUUCGCCAAAGUGAACAGCAUCAGCCCUGGCUCCCCGGCCAGCAUCGCGGGUCUGCAAGUGGAUGAUGAGAUUGUGGAGUUUGGCUCUGUGAACACCCAAAACUUCCAGUCUCUGCAUAACAUUGGCAACGUGGUGCAACACAGUGAGGGGAAGCCCCUGAAUGUGACCGUGAUCCGCAGAGGGGAGAAACACCAGCUUAGACUUGUCCCAACCCGCUGGGCAGGAAAAGGACUGCUGGGCUGCAACAUUAUUCCUUUGCAAAGAUGAUUGCCUCUGGGGAACAGUAAUAGGAAAACAUCUUCCCUUGCCCUGGACUUGGGUCUGGUGGGGAUUUCUUCCUUCUUUUCUCUCCCUGAAGCUUAAGCAUCUGGAAGAGGCUGGAAGCCUGAACUUCUGGGUAGUGGAAACACUAUGGCCUCCCAGUGUAAUCUCUUGGGAUUAAGACAUUGUUAACUUGGUUUGUAGUUGGCAUCUUUUGCAUAUUAGGCCAUGGCCCUAAGUGGGAGCCAUCUGGAUUGUGGGCAAGUGGGCUGGAAUUAUUCUGGCAGGUGCCAAUAUGUCUUUAUUUUAGGAUUUUUUCCCCCAAGUAAACACAGGUUUACAGUGCUGAUAUGACCCAUGUUAUCACCCUAACUGAAUUUCUUAUGAACCUCCCAAACCAAAGCUCAGACAGAAAUUAGAACAUUAUUUUAGAAAGUCAGACAGGAGCGCCUGGCUGGCUCAGUCAUUGGAGCGUGCAGUUCUUGAUCGCAGGGUUGUAGGUUCAAGCCCCACGUUGGGUAUAGAGAUUACUUAAAAAAAAAAAAAAAAGUGGACAGAACAGGGGCACCUGGCUGGCUAGGUCGGUAGAACAUGCGACUCUUGAUCUUGGGGUUCUGAGUUUAAGCCCCACAUAGGGCACACGGCUUACUUUAAAACAAAACAAAAACCAGGGUUGGACAGAACAAACCAACAGUGGUGCUGAAGUCAAGAUUCGGCCAACAAUACUUCAGGAAUGUCAUCCUUAGUGACUGAGGUUUCCAAACACUCAGGCUGCACCAUCUGCAUUUGCAUUGUGGCAUUGCUGCUCUGGAUACAGAAAUUGCACCCUUGGCAGAUGGACCAGCAGUUGGACAUCCGGGGCCAAAAUUGCUCCCUGGAAGAACAGGGAAAGCCAGGAGGCUCCCCAGGUAGCCCACCAUGGUGUCGGCUUCCUUUUCUAUAACCCACCAGAGGGCAGCAAGCUCCCUUUGUUUCUGGAAUAAAAAAAACCUUGCAAAUUCUCUUCUAAUUUGACUUUUUAUAAUUGAGCCUCCUGGUCAUCCGCUCAGAUCAAGAGUAGCUUGUAAACUGCCAAGGUGUGCUCGAUGGCUAAGGGGAACCAGCAGUGUGUGCCAAUCUGACUUCUUGAAUCAGCCUCCUUCCUUUUAUUUUCUCUCUUCCACGUGACAGCACGGGUUUCGGUGAUUCUUAGUGACCCUGUGUCUUUCUUUCUUCACCUUAUCACCACGUUUAUCUCCAUAGUUCUUGCAGACCACUUUGUUUCAGAGGUCAGGUGUGGCCCAUUCUGUUGGCAUGCCUGUGUUCCUUGGGAGUGGAUUUGCUUGGGUUGGAUACAGAAACCAGCUUGCCUUGACAGGAGUCAGUACCGGGGCAGUACUUCAAGGCAUGGAUUCUCAUCGCUCAACUGGAAAGCCUUCCUGUUGAGUUCUUGCCCCAAACUGUAUUCUAGCUGUACCUCCACAUGUGUUCCCCCCUUGUAGGCACAGAACAUGCCACGCUUACCAGUGUUUGCUGUUUAAAUUGUGUGUUCUGAUUUCAAGUGUGUUUUCCAAUCUCUUUUUAUAAAUCCUAGUUUAUAAUAAACA